CACGCAUCUGGCUCUCUAUAAGGAGGUAGUUCUGCUCGAGGCUGUCGGUGCGCUCAGUGGCUCGUAGGACAGGCGACAGGGAUGUGCCGCGAGACGGACCUCGUGCUUCUGGAGCGCCACUGAGGUGCACCACUUAUUCAGAAUAGCGUUUAGUCUUUUUUUUUUUUCUUUUUCCUCCGCGGCAAUGUUAGAAAACCGGCGACCCCGUCCCGAGCUCCACAAGAUGCUCGCAUUAAUACUUUAGUUAUUUUAUUAAUUGUAUUUUAUCAUUACUACAUCUUUCCUACAGAGCGCGAGGAUUCUUGGAGCGCGACCUGGAAUGAAUAACUUUGCCAAUAUGAGCCCCUGGAUUAUGGUGCGCACCCGCGAGGCUUAUGGAAUAUAGCCCGAUCAUCAGUAACCUCUAUGCGUUGUCUGUGAGCCCCGUGAAAAAGAAACUCUUAGUACUCGGCAUCAUGUUCUUACUGUGGGUGUACAUGCUGUAUUCCUGCGUGGGUUACUGCACGAGCGUGCCAAGCGCCAUGGUGGACCCUCACCGGUCCAAGGAGAGGACAGAGGGCGCGAGGGUGGACCUCGUGUCCAAGCUGGUGCCCAAGAAGCCACAGGGCUGGGUGGACCUGGAGUCCGACGAUGACGAGCCCUCUCUCAGGACGCCCUCCAGAGACCUGCUGAACAACGACGCCGAUACGGAGCGAGCCGAGGACUGGGACGAGCUCGGGACCGAGCAGAGGCCCCCCGAGCCGAGUGCCAUGUCAACUUUCUCCAACGGCUCGGGCACCAAGAAGCUGCCCCAAGCCAUCAUCAUCGGGGUAAAGAAGGGCGGCACGCGCGCGCUGCUCGAGUUCCUGCGCGUGCACCCGGACGUGCGCGCCGUGGGAGCAGAGCCGCACUUCUUCGAUCGCAACUACGACAAGGGGCUCCGCUGGUACAGAGAGCUGAUGCCCAAGACCCUGGAGGGCCAGAUCACCAUGGAGAAGACCCCCAGCUACUUUGUGACCCGGGAGGCUCCGGCUCGUAUCUAUGCCAUGUCCCGAGACACCAAGCUGAUCGUGGUGGUCCGGGACCCCGUGACGCGAGCCAUCUCCGACUACACGCAGACGUUGUCCAAGAAGCCCGACAUCCCCACCUUCGAGAGCCUGACCUUCAAAAACCGGAGCACGGGCCUGAUCGACACCUCCUGGAGCGCCGUGCAGAUCGGCAUCUACGCCAAGCACCUGGACAACUGGCUGCAGUUCUUCCCCAUGCGCCAGAUCCUGUUCGUGAGCGGGGAGCGGCUGAUCCGCGACCCGGCCGGCGAGCUGGGCCGCGUGCAGGACUUCCUGGGCCUCAAACGCAUCAUCACGGACAAGCACUUCUACUUCAAUCAGACCAAGGGCUUCCCCUGCCUGAAGAAGGCCGAGGGCAGCAGCAAGCCCCACUGCCUGGGCAAGACCAAAGGCCGGACCCACCCCAACAUCGACCCCGAGGUGGUGCGGAGGCUGCGGGACUUUUAUAGGCCCUUCAACAUGAAGUUCUACCAGAUGACUGGGCACAACUUUGGUUGGAAUUAAAAAAAAAAAACAGUAAUAAUAAUAACA